CGAGAUUGAAGAUGAUUACAACUUUCAGACAAAAGUGAUACUGAAUAAAAAUAAACAUUUAUUGUGUAAACUCAGGCGUGGAGUAAUAAAAUAAAAACAGAACAGGACAAAUCUCACAUAUACAGAUCUUUCAUUGAUUAAAAUAACAGCGGUGGAAAGUAACUAAGUACAUUUACUCAAGUCUGUACACUACUUUAAGUCUCUUUUAUUUUGAAAGGCGCGUCGUUCUCUUCCGGUGUGUGGCCGUGGCUUGACUGUGGAGGAAGAAGGAGUCCAUGAUGACAACUUUAAAACACCACCCGUAGAGGAGGUGGCGGUGCUCGGAGCUGCUGCUGACCGUCCACCGGACGAUGUCCCCGGGACGAUUCCCGCGUCGAGCGUGGCCGGAGCUCCGCGGGCUAACGUUAGCUUAGCAUGAGCUGCUUUUGUUUACAUGCGGUCCCGAUGGGCCCGGAGAGGCGCGCCAGCUAACCCGGCUACCAGACGACUGUGACGGGGAGAAGUGUCAUCCUUUACCCGGGGAGGGGGGCGGAGGUCGGACAGCCACCAGACGACCGCCACCUGAAGGUGAUGGAAGUGUCCUCUCAGGAUCCAGCUCUCAUGGCGAUGGACCUGUCGAAGGGCUACUCCGUCAACCCGCUGACCCGCAGCCACCCUGAAGCCAUGGACCUGGCGAAGAAGCCCGAGUGGUACCACAGACGCCCGCCGAGCUGCAGCACCGACAUCAGCUCCCCGUUCAGGACCAGAGCCUCGUCCUCCUACAACCCCGACCCGGGCGCGCCCGUUCGUUGCAGAGACAUGGAGCAGCGCCCGGAGUCGUUGGGGAACUACAUGAACUACCGCGAUGGCGUUCACGGCAACCUGUGGCAUCACCCGGGUUUCUACGGGCCCAACCAAAGCGGCGGGCCGGUUCCAGAGAGCAGCGGCGGCGAGGAGAGCGACAGCGGCUCGGACGUGAUUUUCCUCGUCUCCUCUGCGAAGGAGCCGCUCUUAUGCAGUCCGUUCAUCCAGGACAGCGUGAGGCACAUCGUGGAGCCGCUGUCGCCGGCGGUGUCCUCGCUGGACGAAGGGAGAGGUUGCUAUCACCUACCUCAGCCUCUGAGCUCGCCCAGCCCGGACAGCUCGUACUCGGAGGACUCCUCGGACAGCUCGGUGGACAUUCCCGUACAUCACGCCAGGCCCGUCGUCCUCCUGCCGGACCUCAGCGCCGUUUACGGCAACCAUGCAGACUCUCCGGUAGACGUUUCGAGUGACGACAGUGACGUUAUUGAGGUUUCGGUAACGAACGAGAAGAAUAAAAGCGGCAUGUUUACUCGCAAGAAGAGUCCUUGUAAGAAGAGUCUGACGAGAGAGACUCCGCCUCAGAGCGAGGACGAAAAACCUCAACCCAGAGAAGUCCGACGCAGCACCCGGAUCAGGAAGCCCGUCUCCGAGAUGCCUCAGUUCACCUGCAGCGGGUCGCGGCACAGCCUGAGGCGCCAAGCCAAGACCGACGCCGUGGGCAUCUACAACGAGAGCUGCGACUCGGAAGACAUGAUGGAGUACGCGGUGAGGCUGUCCAGCUCGGACGAGUCGGCGUCGCAGCUGAACGUGCCGCAAAGAGCGAGCAGCAACUCGGAGGAGUCCGGCGUGGACGUUCGGACGGAGAGGAAGUCACCGCAGAGAGUGCAGCAGCCGCAACAGCCUCGGCGCAAAGUGUCGAAAAGCAUCAACCAUAAACGAAAGAAGCCGAUCGCCGUUAACGAGACGAAGAAGUUGAGAAUCGAGCAGAAACCGACCAGAAUCCCACCGGAACAGCGUCAGAGGAACAAGUCGGCGAAGGCGAAAACCGCCGUGAGACGGAAAAGGAAACGGCGAACGCAGGCCGGACCUUCGGCUCAGUUUCCUCCCAGAGAGCCCGAGAUCAAACUGAAAUAUGCAAACGUGGAAAAGAAGGACAAGAAGUCCGGCAGCUUCUGCCCGUUCGUCCACAUGGAGAAGAGGAUGUGCACCGUCGUCAACUACCAGGAGGAGGAGGCGACGGUCAGGAGCAGCCGAGGAGGCGCCCAUCAGCAAACAACCACCAGGUCUCUCACAGGCUUCGUCCCCAACACGUCCUCUUUCUAUCUGGGUCGGUUCAGCCCGGAAAACAGGAGUCAGGCCACGUUGUUGUGCUGCCUGUGCGGCCAGACGGCCAAUGCCAUGGGGCUCGGGGACCUUCACGGCCCGUACCACCCCACCGCCCGGUCUGCGGACUGCCCGACCCGGCAGCAGCAGAACUGCAUGACCGAGCAGAAAGAGGAAGAACAUUUACGUUCCUCGGACGACGGUUGUGACGGUUGCGACUGCUCCGCCGUCAAAAAGUUGCCUGAUAGCGACGAGCACUCGCGACCAAAGGUGCCUCUUCAUCUGGACGAGUGCUGGAUCCACGAGGACUGCGGGAUCUGGUCCGCCGGAGUCUUCCUGGUCAGAGGGAGGCUGUACGGGUUGGAGGAGGCGGCCCGGCUCGCACAAGAAACAGUGUGUUCGGCGUGCCAACAAACCGGUGCAAUAAUGGGAUGUUUCCAGAAGAGCUGUCCUCAGAAAUAUCACUACAGAUGUGCCAUUCAGUCGGGCUGCGCCUUGAACGAAGACAACUUCUCCAUCAGAUGUCCAGAGCACAAGAACAAAUUGUUCACGAGUGCAACCAGACAACACAAGAGAUGACGAGAGACGUUCUGGGGGCACUGGAGAACGAUCCGCGGAUCUCCUCAGGAUGUGACGUGACUUCACCUCUGCAGUUUUAUAACACUAAAGUGUGUGUGUCUGUGUGUGUGUGUGUGUGUGUGUGUGUCUGUGUGUGUGUGUGUGUGUGUGAGACAGAUCAACCAGGGGCCACUUUAAGAUUUUUAUAAGACUUUGUGUGUGUGUGUGUGUGUGUGUGUGUGUGUGUGUACGUCUAUUUAUUCCUCCUGUUGAACAUCCACACUCGGACUCGCCGCGUCACAAACACACUUUAUUAAUUGAACAUAUUAUAAUAUAUAAUAUAGAAAAUCUUUAUAUGAGGCCACUUCUUUCCUUUCUACAGUUUUUGUACUUUUUCUAUUUUUAGUGCUUCAGUCGUCGUUUAACCAACAAUAAUUUAUUUUCCUCCGGUUGCAUGCACAUGUCGAUGUUUGCUACGAUGCACUUUAAAGUCUAAUUUUUAAUCUCUUGGUU